CUCUACCCAUUUCUUCUUCCUCCUCCUCCCCAGAUCAAGAAACCGUGUCCUAGAAACCACCGAGAUCGCAGAAAAGGCGCCAUCCUUUGACGGAUUCUCCUGCUCUCCGCGUCGCUACGGAUCGAGCGGUUGUUUGUCGGGAGAUUUUUCUUACCACUCUCUGGUCGCCGGCCGGAGAGACGGCGGUUCGUGGUGUGCGGAGAUGGUGGCCGAGGCGGAGGUGAUGCAUCAGCAGCCCGCGCCGGUGUUGGAGGUGCAGUACAGCCGGUGCGUCACUAAGGGGGUCGGGAUGUCGGCGGUCGCCGUGCCGGAGGUGGCGGUGGGGAUCGAGGUCGCCGUCGAGUUGCCUAGCGUGGAGUUGGCAAGUGUUGAUGGUGCGACGAGCGUGUCUGCUGAGACACUACAUUUUGUGCCCAACAUCCGGUCUGGUAGCUUUGCUGAUAUCGGACCAAGGAUGUACAUGGAAGAUGAACACAUCCGGAUAGAUGAUCUUUCAGCUCAUCUUGGCUCACUGCUAGUGUGCCCAUUACCCAGUGCCUUCUAUGGGGUUUUUGAUGGCCAUGGGGGUCCGGACGCUGCAGCCUACAUGAAAAGGCAUGCAAUGAGGUUCUUGUUUGAGGAUAGAGAGUUCCCACAAGCAUUGCAAGUGGACGAUAUAUUCCUUCAGUCUGUUGAGGACUGCAUUCGCAGCGCGUUCUUGGAGGCUGAUCUUGCUCUGGCUGACAAUUUAGAUAUCAGCAGUUCUUCUGGAACUACAGCACUCGCGGCGUUAGUCUUUGGCAGGCAAUUGUUGGUUGCCAACACGGGUGACUGCCGGGCUGUCCUCUGCCGGAGAGGCAUGGCCAUGGAGAUGUCUCGAGAUCACAGAGCGAAUCACGUAGAGGAGUGUGAAAGGGUUGCUGCGUCCGGCGGAUACAUCGAGGAUGGCUACCUCAACGGAGUGCUCUCCGUGACGCGGGCUCUAGGUGACUGGGACAUGAAGGUGCCCGACUGUUCCACGUCGCCCCUCAUCGCGGAACCAGAGUUCCAGCAGGCCACGCUGACCCAGGAUGACGAGUUCCUCAUCAUGGGCUGCGACGGGAUCUGGGACGUGAUGACCAGCCAGCACGCGGUGAGCGUGGUCCGGCGAGGUCUCAGGCAGCACGACGACCCUGAGCGGUGCGCGCGGGAGCUCGUGAUGGAGGCGAAGCGGCUCGAGACUCCUGACAACCUCACGGUGAUCGUGGUGUGCUUUGCCUCGGAGCUUGGCUCGCCACCUGCUCAGCAGCAGGAGCAGGUGGCGGCGAGGCCGAGGAGCUGCAAGGGCCUGUCGGCUGAGGCCCUGUGCAACCUGAGGAGCUGGCUGGAGACUGAUCGCUAGCUGAGGUAGCCAAAUAGAAUUGGUUGGUACGUUCCUGCACUGUAAAUAUGCUGACAUUGAUCCAGGAAUUGUAACCGUUAGUUUCGCCCA